AUAAACAAAUAUGCAUUGAGUGAGGAAAUCAAAAUAUAAAGGAGGAAUAGAGUAGCUCUUUUGAAUCAAAUAUUCCACUGCCUUUUCCACCAUUUCUAAAGAGCAAAAAAGCUCUCAACUUCUCUAAAACUUUAUAUCAACCAAACAAUCAAACUCCUCAUAUACACACAACAAGUGUAAGAACACAAAAAACAACUCAUUAUGGUAGCUGGAUGGAGAAGAGCGUUUUACACAUCCAAAGACAAAGACACCAAAAUAUUAGCUGAGAGCCACCAACAACAACAUUUGGACUUUGACAACAUCAAUGGUAGUCCUCAAAUCAAUCCUUCUAAAUUCACAUUUUCCACUACCCCACCAACUAGUCCGAACCUCCAUUGUCGAAUCUCAGAUUCUUCACUUCUGGAUGGCAACAAAAGCAACAACAGUCCUAAGUGGUCUUCCCAUAACUCGCCAUCAUCAUCUUAUUACUCUCUUCUCAAAGCCACCUUACGCCUUUCCAAAAAUUUAUGUGGAAUUUGUACGCAUAGUGUGAAAACUGGUGAAGGAAAAGCAAUUUUCACAGCAGAAUGCUCUCAUAUCUUUCACUUUCCAUGCAUAGCAGCUCACGUGAAAAAUCAACAAAUCAUCACGUGCCCUGUAUGCGGAACAAACUGGAACGAUCUUCAACCGGAGAAAACUGCAGAGAACGCCAAAACAACGACGUUGUCGAAGCUUCCAAACUACAACGACGACGAGCCACUCCUGUCCUCUGCCUCCGUUUCUCGCUUCAGCACCAUACCCGAAAACGAAGAAGAAGAACUAGAAAAAGAAGAAAAUGAAGAAAACAAAGAACCUGUUGAAUUUCAAGGCUUAGAUGUUUCUUCAACAAAAACAUUUGAAGCGUUUUUUCUACCAGAAACUGCUCUAGUAGCAUCUAACAAGAGCUUCGAGACGUUAAUUGCAGUGUUAAAGGUGAAGGCAAAGCCGUAUAAUGCGGUGGUAAAUCGGCCGCCGGUGGAUCUUGUCACGGUGGUGGAUAUAGGUUGUUCAAUUUCCGGUGAAGAUAUUUUGAAACUCAAACGUUCAAUGCAAGUUGUAAUCUCUGCGCUCAAUUCCUCCGAUCGUCUCUCCGUCGUUGUAUUCUCCAGUGGAUCAAAACGGUUGUUUCCUUUGCGGAGAAUGACCGGCCGCGGUCGCAGAUCGGUGCGUCGGAGCAUAGAAGCGAUCGGUGUUGAUGAGAUGAAUGGUGACGGAUUUCCGGCGAGGAAGGAGGCGGUGAAGAAAGCCGCGAAGAUUCUAGAAGAUCGGAGACAGAAGAAUCCUGUUGCCAAAAUUAUACUUCUUACAAAUGGAAAUGGUCAUGAAGAUAGGAGAUUAUCUUCCACGCGCUUGCCUAAUUUGGAAAUUCCAGUCCACGCACUCAACUACUCACACGCGCUUCAUGACGGCGCGUUUUCAGAAUGCAUCGGUAAUUUGUUGCGCGUGGUUGCUCAAGACAUCAAAUUUGAAUUCCAAAACGGGUCAGAGUCAAGUUUCACCGCUAAACUCUUGCCAGGAUUUGCCACAAUGGGAGAUCUUCACGCGGCGGAGGAGAGAGAGUUGCUUGUUGAGUUAAAAGUACCUUCAUCACAUGGGUUCCAUACCCACGCUCUUUCAGUACGGUCCUCUUAUUGUGACUCGUUUACUAAAGAGGUUGUCCAUUCGAAGGAGCGUUCGAUUAUUGUUCCACGCCCUGUCUCCAUUAAAUUGUUAGACCCUAAGAUCAAACAAUUGAUACGUUUACACAUCAAUGCUCGAGCUUCAAUUAAACAUUCAAGUCCCGAUGCGGCUCAUGAAUGGUUGCGAAGGCUUGAAGCCGAAGAAACCGAGUCACGGCUUCGCGGACAACCUAAGUUGAGGAGCCAUAAGCUCAGAAGAAAUAGUUUGGAGGAAAAGAUGGAGCCGCUUACGCCGAUAUCGGCUUGGAAAGCAGCUGAGAAACUGGCUAAAGUGGCUAUCAUGAGAAAGUCUAUGAAUAAAGUCAGUGAUUUACAUGGCUUUGAAGAUGCCAGAUUCUAAAUGUAUUUUUUUCUUAUUGUCAUAAUGUUUUCUUUAGGUUAUUGUCGGUGAAAAUAUGUUAAUAAAAUUUUUGUAAUAAUUAAAAAAAAUGGCAAAAGCAUAAAUGGAAUUGGCCCAUGACUCAUAAUAGUGACAAGAAGUACCAACCGGGUUGGCCCUUUUGUGAAUAGAAAAGAAAUAGAUUGUGAUUGCCAAGUGAGAUUUUAGGUAUAAGAAGAAUUUUAGAAAUACAAUUAUUGGAGUUGUAAUUUUUGUCCUUUAGUUUCUCUUUCAAAUAUGUAUGUAUAAUUGAAGCUGUUGUUGGGUCUCAUCAAGGAAAAUGUUAAAAAUUA